AUGCGCGUGGUGGCUCCCGCCGGCAACAAGCUCACCCUCAUCCUCUUCGAGGAAGUGGACGUGGUGUUCGAGGAGGACGUAGGCUUUCUUGGUGCCCUCAGGGACCUCCGGAGGGCGGCCAAGUGCCCCGUCAUACUCACGGCUGAGACGUACAGGCGCGAGUACGCCCCCCUCUCGUGCAACAUCUGGCACCUGCCUCGCCCCAGGCUGGCUGAGGUGAGGCUCACGACCUCUUGGAGGGGGGGGGGUGAAGGAGCCGGUGGUGUUGCGGGGGAGGGGGCGGAGGUGAUGCGCGUGGUGGCUCCCGCCGGCAACAAGCUCACCCUCAUCCUCUUCGAGGAAGUGGACGUGGUGUUCGAGGAGGACGUAGGCUUUCUUGGUGCCCUCAGGGACCUCCGGAGGGCGGCCAAGUGCCCCGUCAUACUCACGGCUGAGACGUACAGGCGCGAGUACGCCCCCCUCUCGUGCAACAUCUGGCACCUGCCUCGCCCCAGGCUGGCUGAGCUGGAGGCUUGCCUGACGGCGGUGGCUGCGGCAGAGAGGCUGGACGUCUCUCUCGGUGCCCUUCGAGCCCUCGCACAGUACCACAUGGGGGACCUCCGCGCCUGCCUCUUCACUCUCCAGGCGUGCAAGGGCAGACGAAGGCAGGCGAACAAGCAGUCGACGUGGUCUUCGGCCUCGUCGUCGUCUUCUGGCGGCGCUUGCUCCGCGGUGGACAUCACCGAACCCACACCUCCCCUGAGGCAAGGCGCUGUGAGCACCCCCCCCGCCACUACACCGGCCGCCGGCGCCGGCGCCGGCGCUUCGGGAGGAGCCACGAAGGGCAACAAACGCAGGCAGUCGUCUCGAUCCCGGUCCAAGGCCUCCUCCUCGUCUGCUGCUGGUUCCAGCCUCAAGGAACCUUCCGAGGACCGUUCCGAGAACGGUUCGAAGGCCGCUGCUUCCAGCCCUGAGGACUGUUCCAAGAACUACCGCUCCAAGGCCUCCUCCUCGUCUGCUGCUGGUUCCAGCCCCGAGGACCAUUCUGGGGGCUAUUCCGGAGGCCGUUCGUCCUCCUCCUCGUCACCAUCGGCGAUUGCGACCGUGCCGGCCGUUGUGUGGGUGGGGGAGGCGAGCUGCCGCCGGCACCUGGCGCACCACGUGGACAGCGACUACGCGGCCUCGCACGCCCUCGCGUUCGACACCUUCCUCCCGGCACUUGCCGCCGAGCAAGCAGUCGCGGCGGCUACGGCGGCAAAGGAAGAGGCGUCUUUAGCGCCGCCGGAGACAAUGGGAAUAGCAACGCACCCCGCGUCGGCACCGAGUCAAGGGAUGACGACGGAGGCGUGUUUGGCGCCGGGGGCGGGGACGGGGGCUCACGGACGCACCGCCGCCGCGGCAGUAAAGGGUCAAGGGGUAAUGAUGGGUGCGACAACUACUGCUACUACUUCUUCUACCGCCGAGGAAAGUGUUGCCGUGAGCCUGGGAGAGGGGAACAGCGGAGGCGAUGGCCGCUGGGAGGUGCCGUUCUUUCGGCGGUGGCCGGAGGUCUGGGCGGUGUCCCCGACGUUCGUGCAUACCACCGCCGUCGAAGCCGAUGCGGUGCACCCUCUCUUCGAUCGGAAGGGCUCCGCGGGCGUGACGGUCUCCGGCAAGGGGAGCAGCAGCGGCAGCGGUGGUAGUGCUGCCGGCGGAAGCAAGGACCCACGGCAGCCGGCGGCGGCGGCGGCGGCGGCCGCUGCGGGGACGGACCGGAGUAGUAGUCAAGGCCACCGCAUCCUCAUCACCGGGAGGAACUUCGCGCACCCUGUCGCUGCUGCUGACGCUUCCACUGUGCUUGGUUCUGACGGCGGUGCUAGUAGCGUUAUCGGUGGCGGCGGCGGCGGCGGCGGGGUAGAACGAGUCGUCGGAACCAGCGGCAGCGGCGGCGACUCCUUCACUGGAGAGGCAUCCGGCAGGAGAGAACUCGAACAGGCAGGGGGGAAAACAGCGGGAAAGGGGGAUUAUCUCGCAGACGACGGCGGCGGCGGCGGCGACGGUGACGAGAUUAGGAGGAGUAACACACGGCGAGUUCUCGUACGGUUCGGGCGUGACUUGACUGUCCCCGGGGAAGUCCUGUCAGACACCCUGGUCGAGGCCUUCGCCCCCGCCCGGUCGGAGAUCGGUUUCGUAGAUGUCGCGGUCGUGGUCGUGGCGGAGAGCGGCGCGGCCGGCGGAGACUUGGCGAGCGACUCCAUCAUCGCGACCACGGCGGCGGCGGAGCAACACGGGUGGCGGUUCGGUCGGAGGCACGCCCCGAUGCUCCGGUACCGGCCGCCGCCGCCGCCGUUCCCCCCACUCCCGGGAGCAAAGAAGAAGUCGUCCUCGUCACCACUGAGUGGUAUGGGACAGCGGGGGAGGAAGAAGAAGCAGCGGAGGGGUUCCUCGGAGACCGGUCCGCAGACCGGUCUUCAGACCGUCGAUGGUGAUGGUGCUGACUAUCCCGCUGCCGCCGCCGCCGCCGCCGCCGCCGCUGCUGAGGAGAAUGCUCGUGAGGGGGGGGUGGCGGCGCGUGGCUGUGGAGGAGAAGGCGACGGGGGCGGCGACGGAGGCGGCGACGGGAAGGAGGCGGUGGUCGUAAACGGUCGGUACGGACCGGUGCCGUUGGACGACGGCGAGGAAGAAGCGGGCGGUGGAGACGGGCAGGGAGGGGAAGCCUCGUCGUCGGCAUCGUCCUCGUCCGAGGAUAUGGAGGAGGAGGACGAGGAGGACGACGAGGAGGAGGAGGAGGAGGAGGAGGAUGAUGAGGGGCUGCCGAAGAGGAAGAGGAGGCGGCAGGUCAUCGAGGAGGACGAUGAUGAUGAUGAUGGUGGUGAUGACGGUGGGGUCCCAGCUGCAGCUGAGGCAGAAGAAGAAACGUUAGCAGAAGGAUCAGCAGCAGCAGGGAGUGGAUCGAAUGGCGACAGCACUAGCACCGCCGAUAUUUCCGCUACCGCUGACGCCUCCACCGAUGUUUCUGCUACCGCUGACGGAAACAUGAACGGCAGCCCGCAGAAUCCUGUCGGCGGGUGUAAUGAUGACGGUGGUGGUGAUGGGGCAAACGUUGCAGCAAUAGAAGCACCAGCCGCAACAGCAGCUGCUGCAGAACCGGCGGAGUUGCUAGCCGGAAAGAAGCACUUCGUCGUCGUCUCCGACGUCUCCGACAUCUCCGAGAUCUCCGAACAAACGGCAGUCUCCGCAGCGGCAACAACGUCGAAAUCGACGGCGGCCGGACCAACAGCAGCCAUCCCCUCCUCCACCAAACCAUCGCCAGCAGCGCCAGCGCCAGAGCCAGAGCACGAGAUGCCGCAUAGCGCAGCUGUCUCCCAAAUCUCCCAAAUCUCCCCAAUCUCCGAACCACCGCCGCCGCCGCCGCUGCCAGAGCAGCCGCCGACGGCGGUACCGUACUCGCUCCCUACACACGCACAGGCGGAGCGGGAGCGGGAGCUAGCUUCCCUCGUGGCCGACACGUGGUCUCUGGCCGACACCUUCUCGGCAUCCGACGCCAUCGGGGGCGUUAGCCUGGGGAGGGGGCUGGACGGGGCCGGCCCGCCGCCCGCGCAGGGGGGGGACCACUUCUUGACGAUCGCGGGGCCCCCUUGGCCGAAGCAGGACGCGCGGGUGGUGCACGGCUUCAUCGAGGACGAGGGUUGCGCGGGGCCGUGCACCAACGCCGAAGGCCUACCUCGCACCCUGUGGGACGGCGCCUGCAAUUGGUACCGAUCCGUCUGCAGCAAGAAGGGCCAUCAGCGCUCCCGCCUCUUCUCGCUCAUCCAAGACGCGACGGCGGCGGCGGGCUCCACUCCCUCGCCGUCUACCGACCCCCACCACGCCUAUGGCGGUACCAAAGCAGAAGCAGCAGCAGCGGCCGUUGCAACCGGCUCAGGAGGCGGGGGGGUGCAGGCGAUGGCGCUGCGGGGACACUGCCUACUGUACUGCCGUCGCGACAGAGCGGACUUCAUUUGCUCGGGCACGGCCCUGUCCAACGAGCCCCUGCGCGCCCGAGGAUCGGCCCAUCUUCCGGCCCCCCUCACCCUCGACAGAGCCCCGGCACUCUCCCAGCUUUGCGAGGGGGAGGCCGACCGCAGACAGGAGAAUACUAUCUGCGCCCCCCCCUACGGUAACAGCGGUUACAGCGGUUACAGCGGUUUCAGCGGAGGCGGUUACGGUCGUGGCGGGGGUCGUAGCCAGCGAGGGGGUCGGUUCCGGCACUACCUGGUGCGGACGGGGGUGGUGGGGAACCCCCGUGAGGCUGACAGUCUCGCGCGGAUGUACAAGGAGCCUGCUUGGUAGGAUGUCGGAGCUGACAGUCUCGCACGGACGGAUGGUUCACCACGGAGCAACCGCCUGAUAGAUGUAGUCUUGGUCUCGGAAGGCUGUCGACUGUCGGACGGGGUUGGUGGGCCAUCCCCGGCAGGCUGACAGUCUCGCCAGGAUGUACAGAGCCCGCCUGGUUGGCUGCCCAAGCUGACAGUCUCGCACGCGGAUGGCUUACCACGGAGCAACCGCCUGGUAGAGAUUUAGUCUUGGUAGAAGGCUGUCGAAGGUAGGAUGGGGUUGGUGGGGCACCACCAGAAGGUUGACAGUCUCGCCGUGACGUGAUUGACAAGGAGCAAUCGCAUGGCAGAAGAUAGUGUUGGUAGUCGUCGAAGCUGACAGUCUCGCCGAAAGUCUCGCCGGGAUGCACAAGCAACUAGCUCGCCUGGUGAGAGAUUUGUGUUAGUCUUCGAAGGAUGUUCAUUGGGUGCCGAAGCUGACAGUCUCGUACGGAUGCUUACCAAGCAGCCUGCGUGUUAGAGAUAGCGUUCAGCUGAUAGCCUUAGUCUUGGGAGGCUGCCGAAGAUGCUCAUUGGCUGCCGAAGCUGACAGUCUCACACGGAUGAGCAGCCCUCGCCUGAUAGAGACACAUUGUACUAUUUGUCUGCUACGGGUGUCGCCGCUCAUAGUAUCGCCCAGAUGAUGUACAAGGAGCCCCCGCGGUACACUCUAGUUGUUGUCAUGGUUCGGACUUAGUUGGAGGCUGCGAUACGCUGAUUGGCGUGACCGGCAUCCUCGGGAAGCUAGAGGCAGCAGUAGUCUCGUCUGAGAGAGGGAAGCAUAGAAGAAAGCGCAGAACAGAAGUAUAUACUUGCGUUUGAUAUUGUUAUCUUAGGCAUGGUCGGGGAACGAUGGCCGCACUGAUCUGAUGCCUUCCCCUACCAGAAGGGCCGAGGACCCUGAACGACCGGUACCGCAUAGACAAUACUCGGAAACGCCUCCUCCAACAACAACCAUGUUCCAAAGGCUGUGUCGUUGUGCUCUGCUUGGUUGCAUAGGAGGGCCUUCAGGAUGGAAGAAAAGAGCUGGUGUGCAUGGCACUCGAUGAGAUGUCCCGCCAACAUUUGUCGGUCGCGUGUGUGUACACGAGGACCUUGUACGCUUGUAUUGUCAUUGUUGUUGGUACGUACACAUUUCUUCUAUCUUCGUGUGCUCAAGGGACAGGAAAUAUUUUAUUCAGUAGCAUUCCUCACGACAGAGGAAGCCGAUAGAUUGUGCGACCACAUCUUCGUGUGUGAGCAGGUGCAAGUACUUUGUUCCAGAGCCUCAGCAUUACCUGGUCUCGUUUGUGAUCGGUUGAUUCACCGUUUCGUCGGUUCCUUUUUGUGCGGGCUUACCGUGUCCUUGAUUCUGUUUGUGAUGGAUAUUCCGUUUGUUUCUUUAGUUUUCUCUUGUGAAGGGUAUUUGUUCUGUUUCGUUGUUUUCUCUUGUGAUUGGUUUGCCGUUUUGUUGGUUUCUCUUGAGAUGGGUUUCUAAACCGUUUUGUUCGAAAUGGAGGGGGAAGAGUGACCCAACACAUGGUGUACAGAUGGUACUACAGCAGGCCUAAGUAGGCUCUCUUCAGGGGGGGCGUUGUGAUAAUGUUUUGUUUGGCGUGUAGGAGAUGGGGAGGCGG